UGCUGUUCCUAAAAAUAAGGAAGUAGACACUUGGUGUUUGGUCAACACUGCCUUUUUACACGCCACAGCACCUUGAUAACACAACAGAAUAGGCAAGUAACAAGUACAGGCAGUAAAAUUAGGAACAUUGCAGCACACUUUAUAAAUUAAGAUCUUUCUUUUUUAAAGGAGAAAACAAUUUCAGCUGACAAGGUUUAAUAUAUACUUUUGAAGAUGGCUCAAAGUUGCCUCAAGUGUUUGAAAUACACCAUGUGUUUGGUCAACUUCCUGUUUUUUAUGUGUGGAACAGCUGUGUUUGGCUUCGGACUGUAUAUGAUGAUGAACUCCAAGGUGUCCUCCCUCAUUCCGUCCUUGGCUUCUUUGAACCUGGCCAACAUUCUCUUCAUCAUUGGCAUCAUCAUCACCUGUGUGUCCUUCCUGGGGUUCCUCGGUGCCCUGAAAGAGAACCGCUGUCUCCUCAUCGCUUUUUUCAUCCUGCUGUUUCUCUUGAUGUUGGUGGAGCUCGCUGCGGCGUGUUUUAUGCUGGUUUAUGAGGGAGAGAUUGACACAUUCUUGCAAGACGAUCUUCAAAAAAGCCUGCGGAAGUCUAUGAAAUAUCAGAAAAGUGGAAAUUCAACCAACUCAGCAGAUGACUGGGAUAUUAUUCAAACAACGCUCAAAUGCUGUGGAAUCAACAAUUCCACUGACUGGAUGGACAAAAUACCAGAUUCCUGCUGUUCACCACCAGUAACCCCUUGUAACACAUUCUGGAAAGAGGGUUGUUACACUAAACUGAAGGUCUGGUUUGAUGAAAACUUCCUAAGCGUCGGGAUUUGCGUGAUAGUGCUCUGCGUCAUUGAGGUGCUGGGGAUGUGCUUCUCAAUGACCCUAUUUUGUCACAUCAGCCGAUCUGGACUCGGAUACAAAUUAUGAAGCAACUAUUCCACUAACAACAUCGCCCAUCUGUAAUAUUCUCACAUCUGUGUUAAUACAAAUACACACCAUUAUACAGCUCUCUGGAAUAAGCCUUUAACGAACAAGUUUAAGGCUUAUAAAAAUAUAGAUUAGAUAUUAAUGUUGGUGUUAUGUAACAGGUGAUGUGAAAAUAUACAAAUCAAAUCAAAUCAAAUGUAUUUGUAUAGCCCUUUUUACACGCAAGCAUGUCACAGAGGGCUUCACAUGCGCCCAUAGAACUGCCCCUCAACCAACCUAAACCCUCAAGGAAGACAAGGAAAAACUCCCAGAAAAACUCCCACCGGGAGAAAAAAUGGAAGAAACCUUGGGAGGAGCAAUUCAGAGAGGGAUCCCCUCCUCCAGAGACGGUUAAACAGUAAUCACAAAUAAAUGCUUGGAAGCUUCUCAAAUGAUUCAUGGUUGUGAAAUCAAAGAACUUGAGGACAAUUAUAGAGAUUAAUUUAAUAUCAUAAACCGCUUUUUCCUUUUACAUUUAUGUGUUUUUUGUUACGUGUUUGUUAUGCUAAAUUAUACUGACCAUGAAUGUAAAUAUCAUCUGCAUCUUUUCAUGUAAUGCUUUAUUGCUUGCCCUUAGGACCAGAAUUUCAAAACAAAUUAAACAAGUGUGUCAUUUACAUGA